CACACCCUCGUCUCUCCUCCUUCUCUCUCUGUGUGUCUCUCAAUCUCGCUCUACUUCCUCUUCUUGUGUCCUCUCCAGUCCUGCGCUGCACUGCUUCAUUCGUGUCGACUGCCCAGAGUCCGCGAAUACAACCCUGCUACAACCACACACACAGAGACGUUGGUUUACAUCAUCUUAUCGUUCCUGUCCACUGGAGGAAGGAGAGUAGAGUUCCAACCAAUCCCUGACAAGAAGAAGACAUUCCGUUCCCAGCCACAUUCCAGAACCCUGUGGACCCCUUGUUGAAGCAUGUCUCUGUACAGCUUUGGGUUGGAGCCUCUCUCCUGUCAUGCCUGGAAUAAGGACAGGACACAGAUUGCUGUCAGCCCCAACAGCAGUGUGGCGAUCAUCUAUGAGAAGAAGGGGAACGAGUGGGCCAAGAUCCACGAGCUGACUGAGCACAGUGGACGAAUCACAGGCAUCGACUGGGCUCCGGAUUCGAACCGCAUCGUGACGUGUGCAUCGGACCGUAAUGCGUACGUGUGGACCCUGAAGGACAAGGUGUGGAAGCCCACUCUGGUGUUGGUGAGGAUCAACCGGGCUGCUACUUUCGUCAAGUGGUCCCCUCUGGAGAAUAAGUUUGCCCUGGGCAGCGGAGCUCGCCUCAUCUCUGUCUGCUACUUCGAGAAGGAGAACGACUGGUGGCUCAGUAAGCACAUAAAGAAGAGCAUCCGGUCCACGGUGAUGUGUCUGGACUGGCACCCCAACAACAUCCUGUUGGCUGCAGGAUCCUCUGACUUCCACUGCAGGAUCUUCUCUGCCUACAUCAAGGAAAUCGAGGACAAGCCAGGCCCGACAGCUUGGGGGGCUAAGAUGCCAUUUGGGGAGAUGCUGCUGGAGACCAAGGACUGUGGAGGUUGGGUACACAGUGUCUCCUUCUCCCCCAGCGGAGACCACCUGGCCUGGGUUGCUCACAACAGCAGCAUCAGUGUGGCCGACGCCACCCAGGGGAAAGAGGUGACUCAGCUGACAACGGACCGCCUCCCUCUACUGAGCGUGCUCUAUGUGAGCCCCACAGAGAUGGUUGCCGCGGGCCAUGACUGCUGUCCGUUUCAGUUCUCCUAUAAGGGCCCAGGCAGUCUGAAGUUUGUUAAGAAGCUGGACAUCCCCAAGCAGACCUCUAGGGGCAGCAUGUCCGCCAUGCAACACUUCCGCAAUCUGGAUAAGAAGGCUACUGACGACGACGAGAGCAACGAGCUGGGCUGCCUGCACCAGAACAGCAUCACUCAGCUGUGUAUCGUGUCAGGAACUAAGGCCCACGUGGACAAGUACAGCAGUGUGGGUCUGGACGGAGCUAUGGUCCUCUGGGACUUCAAGCACUGAGUUCAUGGAGGAUGCUAAGAGCCAUAGGCUGUGUCUUGCCAUCUGUGCGGUCAGCAUUACUCCAGAUGACCAUGGGACUCACCACUACCAGUUGUUAUUAACAUCUACAUUAAGCAGUUAGUCACACCAGGGUUGGGGUCAAUUCCAUUUCAAUUCCAGUCAAUUCGGAAAGUACACCAAAUUCCAAUUCCAUUUUUAAAAAAUUCCUCAUUGAAAAGCAUUGACUGGAAUUGAAAUGGAAUUGACCCCAACACAGAGUCACACCACUGUCAAGUGACCCAUUAUUUUACACAGAUAGAUGUGUUAUCAUGUGUAUUCAUUUUCAACUGGAACAGUAGACACUUCUGCAGCUUCAAGAUGUUUUACAAUAAAUCAUGUUGCUUUGUGCUGGGUUUCAAUCAAUCAAUCAAUAUUUUUGAAGUAAAAUAAACAUGCUUUCUACAGAUUCUGAUGGACUGAGUUUUCAUAUUGCACUGUGGUUCCUAUGUGAUAAAUGAACUCACACCCAAGUGGUACGUUUUGGUGUAUAUUUCUAAUAUUGUAGUAAGACAUAAUAUUAUAUAAAUCAUAACGUCCAUCCCUGGCUGAGUGCUACACUUCUGAGUUUUCAUAUUGUACCGUGGUUCUUAUGUGAUAAAUGAACUCACACCCAAGUGGUACAUGUAUAUUUCUAAUACUGUAAUAAAUCAUAACGUCCAUCCCUGGCUGAGUGCUACACUUCUGAGUUUUCAUAUUGUACCGUGGUUCUUAUGUGAUAAAUGAACUCACACCCAAGUGGUACAUGUAUAUUUCUAAUACUGUAAUAAAUCAUAACGUCCAUCCCUGGCUGAGUGCUACACUUCUGAGUUUUCAUAUUGUACCGUGGUUCUUAUGUGAUAAAUGAACUCACACCCAAGUGGUACAUGUAUAUUUCUAAUACUGUAAUAAAUCAUAACGUCCAUCCCUG